ACCGGCCCGCCCCGCUCGCCCGCCGCCGCUGCCCGCCGCCCCAUGGAGCUGUGCCCGGGGCCCGCCGUGCACUGGGGAUGGGCGCUGCCGCUCCUCCUCGCCCUGGGCGCCGGGCUCAGCCACGGCACCCCGCACCUGCCGUACUCCCGGCCGGGCUCCCGCAGCAAGAACUGGUGCGCCUACAUAGUGAACAAGAACGUGAGCUGCUCGGUGCUGGACGGGACGGAGAGCUACGUCCAGGCCCAGUACAAGUGCGCUUGGAACCAGUUCCCCUGCCAGCCGACCCCGGUAUACCGAACGAGUUUCAGACCUCGGUACACAGUUGCAUAUAAGACAGUGACAGAGCUAGAAUGGAGAUGUUGUCCUGGGUACAAAGGGGAAGACUGCAGGGAAGGACCAACAGAAAAGCCAAACACUGCUCGACGUCCCACAACACCAGUGAAAGCUGUUGUGAAGAAAGGUGUGGAUGCAGAACCAACGGAAGUGCCAGAGCCUCCAGCAUAUGAGAAGAGAAUGCAGUUCCUUGAGGAUGAAUUGUUUAGACUUACACGAUCUGUGAUUGAACUUCAGUCCUCCGUGGCAGGUGUGAAUGAAAACCUGAAGUUGACUGUACAAGAAGAUGCUAGUAAGAUGUUGGUCACUUGGCUGAACAACCUUUACGACCGCCCAGAGCCUGACAGUGCGGUUAGUGGUGAAACAGAUGCUAUUCAUCUGCCUGGACUCCACAACAAUAAAGAUCAAAAAGACCCUUUUAUUGAUUUUGAAAUGGAAGAUAUAAAGUCUGAGCUAGCUGAGGUCAAAGAAGCCUUGAAGGUGAGGAAUGACGAGCUGGAGGAACUGAAUGGAAAAGUAAAAGGCUAUGAAGGACAAUUAAAACAACUGCAGGAGGCAGCACAAGGACCUACAAUAACAAUGCCCAGUGACAAUAUUUAUCAGGAGUAUAUAGACUCAAAAUUUGAGUCCCUCAGACAAGAAAUAAUGGAAGGAUUUGAGAAGAAAAUGUCAGAUCUGAAGAACUCCUGUGAAUACAAACUACAGGAUAUUCAACAGCAGUGUGAUGACAAUGAAAAUAACUGUGUAGGGAUAAUUGAUGUUAUAAAAGGAAAAGAGAAUGAUUUGAGGAAAGAAAUAAAUACUCUCCGAACUCAGAUUCCAUCAAACGACUCCAGUUGUUGCAGUGAGGGUGAGAGAAAUGACUUUGACCAAAAGAUAAAAGAUUUAGAUAAGAAGAUUGACAGAGUUGCGGAAGCACAUAGGAUCUUGAACGUCAGAAUAGAUAAUGAAAUAAUUCGAUUGUCAACUCCAGAUCUAGAAGACAUGUUUGGCGAGAGGUUGGAGGAGCUUGAUGCGAGGAUGAAUAUUACAGAACGAAAUGCCGAAGAACAUUGCUUUUAUGUUGAGGAAACUCUCCGCGGUGCUAUAGCUGCUGAGGUAGAUGAACUGAGAGACUUGUUUGACCAAAAGCUGCGGGCACUAGAGGUCAGGCUGGGUGGCACUAUUUUAGAGAUCGCUAAUACCACGGACCCGGAUGGAAUGUUUAUGAACCCUGGGCCCAUCUUGCCCAGUGAUGCAGGAUUUGCAAAUGAGCAAUUUACAGCAGAGAUUGAUUUCCUGAAGAACAAACUACUGUCACUCGAACAGCUCUGUGGACAGAAAUGUCAGUCUGCACCGCAAGGUAUGGAGGACCUUCAGAAACGACUAGAAAACUGUAAUGACAAGUACAGUCACUUGCUUUUGAAAACAGAGAAUAACUCUGUUCUUCUGCAGUCUCUAAAUAGCUCUCUUAAUGAGAAACUCAACUUAAUUAAGGGUAACCAACGUGACAUCCAGAAAAUGCAAAGAGACAUACGUGUAUUCCGGUAUAAUCUGAAUGUCAUUGAUAAAGAUAUGAAAAAUCUUCAAGAUGGCUUGACUAGCUGCAAGGAGCAGCUUCUGGGUGUCAAUUCUACAUGUAGAAAAACACAACGAGGUGUCUUCCGAAAAAUUGAUCAAAUGCAGAGGACAUUUGCAAAUCAAACUGCUCAUCCCAGUGAGAGUUGCUGUGGUGAAGUGAAAGAGAGACUAGAACAAUUGAAUGACCAUGUCCUGAAUGAUCUUAGCAAGUGCAAAGAAAAGACACAAGGUAUCCAGGAGGGUGUUUCGGAUGUUGAGAGCAGAGUCUCACAUGUUGAAAAAGUUUGCGGCAAGCUGGACUCUGUCUCAGAUAGCUUGCAGAGGAUAAAAGAAGGUCUGAAUAAACACGUGAGCAGCUUAUGGAACUGCAUCCAUGAAAUGAAUGGAACUAUAGCAUCUCAUUCCACAGAUAUUUCUGGCCUCAAAAAUUCUGUCCAACAGUUUCAUAGUCAGGUCUCCAGAAUCACCACAGGCAUUGAAGAUGUGCUGAAAUCUCAGUCUGAUACAAGGCGAUCAGAAGUACCAUGGCAGCCAUUGCCACCAAGGCCACCCGUGCAGCCCCAUCCUGGCAUAUCCCUGCUGCCAUCAAGGCCAAGGAUACAACCCCCUCGACACAGGACCCCCCUCCAGCCACCACAGCUGAGACCUCCUCCGCGCCCAGUGCUGCCAGGGUCAGGAGUUGUGCCACUUCUGCCUGGAACAACCGGGAUCAUCUUGGAGACUGGAGAGGCAGGGCCUCCUGGCACAGUUUUGAUGUCAGGAAGAGGACGGCUUAGAAGUGCGGAUGGUCAGGCUGGUCAAAGUACCAUGCCCAUUGCUGAAGGGUAUGCUGGAGCACCAGGAUAUCCAAAGUCGUCUCCUCCUACCACAGAGUCACAAGGACCUGCUGCUGCUGCUGCGCCCUCUCUGGUGUCGUUUUCUGCUGGGCUCACACAGAAGCCUUUCUCCAGUGAUGCUGGCGUGGUUCACUUUAACAAAGUGCUUGUGAAUGACGGGGACUAUUAUAACCCCAACACAGGCAUUUUCACAUCACCAUAUGAAGGGCGCUACCUGAUCACCGCCGUGCUGGCCCCAGAGAGAGAUGAGUAUGUAGAAGCAGUGCUAUCCGUCUCCAAUGCAAGUGUGGCUCAGCUCCACACAGCUGGGUACAGAAGGGAACUGUUGGAGUAUCACAAACCCUACUCGGGGAAACGGACCUGUGGUGGUCCUGGGACGUUCCACCUUGUUCUUCACCUCAAAGCAGGAGAUGAAGUAAAUGUUGUUGUAACGGGAGGCAAACUGGCCUACACAGACUCUGACGAAAUGUACUCCACAUUUAGUGGAGUUCUCCUUUAUCCUUCUAUUUCUCAUGUUUAGGUUUGUCUUGAACAGGAAAGAAGGGUAAGAUAACUCAGAAGAAAUUAAGUGUAAUAAAGUUCAAAGCUUUAAUAUAUUCAGUUUAUAUAUUUGAUUUCAGUGAUGGGUUUAUAGUCUAUACGGAGAACUUUUCCUUGUCCUUUGUUUCCCGAGGGAGCUACAAAAGACAUGUUUCUGUAGCUAAAUGAACUCCUUCCCAAGCCCUUGACCUGUACAAGAACAACUGUUUAAAAGGUACAUUCUCAAUAGACACUUCUCCACUGUGCUCUUGCUGUUCCCUAUUAAAUUGUCUUUGCCAUCUUCUCCCCAGUUUUUCAAAUUGUCCCUAGUAUAUAAGAGUUUACAUCUUUGCUUAAGUUUACAGUUCCAGUCAGGUAUUUUCAUGUUUUCAGUAAAGCAGGGCCAAGAAAGAGAAAUUGUAGUGGAUGUGAUUGAUGACUUUUUAUUCCUUGUGUUACUGAAUCAUGUGCGUUUGCAUAAUCAAUUUGUGCAGUGCAAUUGCUGACCAUGGUGCAAAACAAAAUGAUACUCACCUGCAUCGGUUUUCUUUUUUCCUCUAAGGGCCAAAGGCAGUGCUAGGAGGCAAGCUGAGUGACUCAUUCCAGUCAAGUGAAAGCUGCAGCGCAGGGAGAAACUUGCCUCAGCUUUCCACUGGGCAGAUGUGAGCAUAAUGUGCAGUUGGUACUACUGAAAGGUUCAGAACAGCUACUAUCCAUUUAUAGAGUAAAAAA